ACGCUCUCCCUCCAGAAUCUAGGAUUCGUGGUUCAGUCUUUGGUAGCCGUCGUUCUGCUAGCGGAGUUCGUGACUCUUGUCCAUGUCAUUUAGUGUGUGAAAUAUCGGAUUAAAUAUUCAUAUAUCUACGGAAGAUACGCCGUUCAUCAUCCAGCACCUUUGGAUCACCGAUAUUUUGCAUUUUGUGCCACUGAUCGGGUGAUCGACGAGGAUAAUGUCAACACAGCCCCACAGUAGGAAACGUGUUUGCUAUUAUUACGACAGUGACAUAGGAAAUUAUUACUAUGGACAGGGACACCCCAUGAAGCCCCACAGGAUAAGGAUGACACACAAUUUAUUACUGAACUAUGGACUCUAUAGAAAAAUGGAGAUUUACCGUCCACAUAAAGCAACAGCCGACGAGAUGACGAAGUUCCACAGUGACGAAUACAUAAGAUUCCUGAGAUCAAUUCGGCCUGAUAACAUGUCUGAAUACAAUAAACAAAUGCAAAGAUUCAACGUCGGUGAAGAUUGUCCAGUGUUCGACGGUCUCUACGAGUUCUGUCAGCUGUCAGCCGGUGGUUCAGUGGCAGCAGCAGUGAAGCUAAACAAACAAGCAUCAGAGAUCUGCAUAAACUGGGGUGGUGGACUCCAUCACGCUAAGAAAAGCGAAGCCUCAGGUUUCUGCUACGUCAACGACAUAGUCUUGGGUAUCCUCGAGCUUCUAAAGUAUCACCAAAGAGUCCUGUACAUCGACAUAGACGUACAUCACGGUGAUGGUGUUGAGGAGGCGUUCUACACAACUGACAGAGUUAUGACAGUGUCUUUUCACAAAUACGGUGAAUAUUUCCCGGGUACUGGUGAUUUAAGGGACAUUGGAGCUGGUAAGGGAAAAUACUACGCCGUCAACAUACCCCUCAGAGAUGGAAUGGAUGACGAGAGUUAUGAGUCUAUUUUUGUACCAAUAAUAUCGAAAGUUAUGGAGACAUUUCAACCUUCUGCUGUCGUACUUCAAUGUGGUGCUGAUUCACUCACUGGUGAUAGAUUGGGAUGUUUCAAUCUCACUGUCAGGGGCCAUGGAAAGUGUGUUGAAUUUGUCAAGAAAUAUAAUUUACCAUUUCUCAUGGUUGGUGGAGGUGGUUACACUAUCAGAAAUGUAUCAAGAUGCUGGACAUAUGAGACAUCAGUUGCACUUGGCUGUGAAAUAGCUAAUGAACUACCUUACAACGAUUAUUUCGAGUAUUUUGGACCUGAUUUUAAACUUCACAUAAGUCCGUCCAAUAUGGGUAAUCAGAAUACAGUGGAAUAUCUGGAGAAAAUCAAGACGAGGCUCUUUGAGAAUCUCAGAAUGCUGCCGCAUGCACCGGGGGUUCAGGUCCAAGCGAUACCCGAGGAUGGAGCGACUGUGGAGGAUUCAGAGGCUGAGGAGAAGGUCAAUCCUGAUGAGAGACUGCCACAGAGGGAUAUUGAUAAGAGGAUACAGCAUGAUAAUGAGUAUAGCGAUAGUGAGGAUGAGGGUGAGGGCGGGAGGAGGGAUAACAGGUCGUUUAAGGGAUCCAGGAAGAGACCCAGGCUGGAGAAGGGACAGGAGAGUAUGGAGACAGAUAUCAAGAAGGAGGAUGAUAUCAAAUCGGAUAUUAAAGAAAACGACAAGGACGACAAGGUGAAUGCUAUGAACGAGGAAAUGAAGAAAGAGAGUGUGAAUCCUUGAUAGGCAAAAAUAUCCAAGAGCCGUCGAAAUUGACAUAAAAAAAUCUAAUAAUAAUUUUCAAAAAAUCAAUUAUAAAUAAGAGGGACAAGAGAUAAUUAAUUAUCAUUGUGUUUGAAGUGAUUCAUCGCUUGAAUUAAUCAUCGAGCCUCGAAAACAAUCAAUUGAUUGAUCAACAGCAGCAUGAAAGAUCAUUGUACAGGCCUAUCACCCAAUUAUCCACGAGUAACUGAUGAAUUUAAUGUCUGAUAUCGUUGAGAGAGUACUAUGCACGACGCAAGAUAAUUAUUAUCGAACAAAAAAAAAUAUACAGAUGUAUUCAGUGUGAAUGUCAAGUGAUUAGUUAUUCGUCAAUGCCAUUUUUUUUUUUUUAUAAAUUACUAUUUUCAUCAGUCUUGUUAAUCGUAAUUAGUUAAAUUUUUCAUUUUCAAGAGUGAUCAAUGGAGAGACUAUCUUGCUUCCUACUUUUGUAUAAAAUGAAUGAUAUUUCAAAUUCCCAAACAAUGGGAUUUUUGUUCUCGUUUUCAUUCCGUUGUGCGCCAGAAAAAAAAAUUAUUUGUGCCAAAUGAGCAUUAAUUUGAAGGAACAUUCCUGGGAUUUUGUCCUCUAAUUAAUUUUCGACAGUUCCAGGGGUCUGUAAUUGUCGAUAAGUCCAUUAAAAUGGCGGGGAAUAAAUAUUCUGUGAUGAAUUGCAAUUAUAACGACUAGGGUACCUCCUCCAAACUGAUGUUCCAUUGGCAGAAUGAUUGCUUUUUCUUGGUGUUCGUGUCUAAUCACCAUUGUUCAUUAAUUUUCAAUGUCCGGUGUUCAUACUUCUCGUAAUUUUCGAUUUGAGAAUCUGGGGGUCGAUGUAUUAUUGGAGAAGAGGAGAUUGAAUUUUUUCAUCUAGAUGUUAGGAUAUUUCAUCAUGAAAUUAUAUAAUCGAAGAUCUUUAAGUUAUGGAGUAGAAGUGAAUUGAUUCUUGUCAGCUGAAAGAGGGGAAGAGGGAUUAGUUUGGAUAAAAAUUGUAGAAUAUGAAAUUGACGUUUUUUUUCCUAUUUGUGAUGACAAAUAAAAAAAUCAUUCUGAA